GAUCCAGAUCCCGGUGCCGGUGCCGCUCCGCCGCCCCGCCCACGUGACCCCGGCAUACGUCACGCCGCCCCGCCCCGCGCCGCCCGCGCGUGCGCGGCGCUUCCCGCCAAAACCGGCGUGAGGGGAGCGGGGUCCCAGGUUCACGCCCGCCAUGAGCGGGACGGUGCUGGCCGGGACCCCCAUCGCCGUGGACUUCUGGAGCCUGCGGAAGGCGGCCGGCGCCCGCCUCUUCUUCCUGUCCCACAUGCACUCGGACCACACGGUGGGGCUGUCCAGUACCUGGAGCCGCCCGCUGUACUGCUCCCCGCUCACCGCCCGCCUCCUGCACCACCGCCUGCAGGUGUCGAAGUGCUGGAUCCGGCCGCUGGAGGUGGGGCAGAGCCAUGUCGUGGGUGAGGUGACCGUGACGCUGAUCGACUCCAACCAUUGUCCUGGCUCCGUUAUGUUCCUCUUUGAGGGCGCCUUCGGCACCAUCCUCUACACAGGAGAUUUCCGCUACACGAGCGCCAUGCAGGGCGAGCCGGCGCUGAGGGGCCGCCACAUCGACCGCCUGUACCUGGACAACACCCACUGCCACCCGGAGCGGGCCCUGCCCUCGCGGGCGCUGGCCACCCGCCAGGCUGCCCGCCUCAUCCGUGCCCACCCGCAGCACCACGUGGUGAUCGGUGUGUACACCCUGGGCAAGGAGACGCUGCUGGUGGACCUGGCGCUGGAGUUCAGCACGUGGGUGGUGGUGAGCCCCUGGCGCCUGGAGCAGAUGCGGCUGCUGGAGCUGCCGGAUGUGUUCACCGCCGAGGAGGGCGCGGGCUGGAUCCGCGCCGUGGACGUCGCCGAGAUCCGCUGGGACGCGCUGGUCGCCUGGAACGCGCAGCACCCCACCAUUGCCAUCGUCCCCACGGGCAGGCCCGUGAAGGUCACCCACCCCAACAUCCACCUCGUCCCCUACUCGGAUCACUCGUCCUUUGAGGAGCUGCGUGAGUUUGUGAAGUGGCUGAAACCCUGCUCCGUCAUUCCCAUUGUGAAGGACAACAUGUGCCAGGUUUACUUUCAGGAAUACCUGAGCUCUGCUCCCCAGGUGCUUCCUGACUUCAGAGUCUCAAAGAUUGUGCAAGAGCCUGGACAGCAGCAAAGGCGAAGGAGGGGGCAGAAACCCACAAGUCUCUGGAAAAGAGCCCUGGGGAGUUCUGUGCCCCGAGGGGUUGUUUAUGACUCCCCAGAGAAAAAUACUGGCAAACCUGAAGUGUUUACAGAUGUUAAGGUUCCUCAGCACUACUGUGAGCCAGCUCUCUGCUCAAAAGAAGGGCGCACUUGUCACAGGGGUGACAAGGAAGAGCUGAGUGGGGAGCAUCUGGGAGCAGCAGGAGCAGCACUUGUUUUCAGUGAGCACCUUGCAAGUGGACUUGCAGAGCAGUAUUUGCUCACUCCCUUACAUGUCCUAAAGCAGUUUUCCUCACAGAAGUUUGAUCAGCUGGUAGAAGACUUUCUUCGGAAGAAAGACAUGCCCUGAAAAAUUGUGUGACGUUACUGGUGCUAGUGCAGCAGGUAGCAGUGUUUCAUUCUGCUCCAUGCUCAGGUUUCCCAUUAGGAGAGAGGAGCUCAGCUCUGGGGCUCUACUUUCUUUACCUCUUUAUAGAGGACAAAGAGGAAACUAGAGCCGGUUUUUACUUAAAAACUUACUUAUUUUUUUAUCUCUACAUCUGCUGUGCCCCCACACUACGCUGGGCACUGUGGUCCCACUGUCUGUGUGCCUUGUGUCCACCUUUUGCAGUGACUUGCCUGUCCCCUGUUAGAAAAGUCACUGAGAGGUUGAUUCAAGCAGAGCUGCAGAGGGUGUGAGCUGGUCUGCAGCUGAGUAAUUAAUGCCUGGAAUGUGAUUAAAGGAGCAAGGGGGGAAUCUGAGAGCCUCAGAGAUUCUCCUUUCUGUAAGUCUGUGAUACCUCACCGAUUAUGAGCAGUUAAUUCCAAAGUGAACUACUAAUCUUCUGUAUUGAGGUGCUUUUUAAAAAUGCUGCUUAAAGAAAUCGAGGAAAUGAAGUGCCUUGAAAUCAAAUAAUCUGUUUUCUAUCUGUUAAUCUACUAAUUCUUCCAGCUUUUGCAUCCAGCCAGCCUACUGCAGCUGGAUGUUGUCCUGCUCUCCUGAAAGUGCCAUCUCAAUGCUAAUUGUUAGUGCUUUUUCAGGUUUGUGGCUAGGAAAAGUAGGGGUUGUCUGGGUUCUUGAGUUGUAGGCUUUUCAGAGUGGGUCACUAAAUUCUCUGCAGUCACUUGCACCUGUGAAUUCUGUUUGAUUGCAAAGCACUCCUGGUAACUGCCAGUGUUCUGCCUUCCCAUUCUGCCUGCUCUUGUCCUGCAGUGGCAAACGGAAUGAGAGAUAAUGAAACAUCUGCCUGGUGGUGUGGUGUGAUUAGUCUGAGCAGCAUUGUUUGCAAAGAUUGUGACUGAACAGCAGAACUAGCUCUGUUAGUUAGAGGUUGGGCACUUUCCCACUCUGGAUCAGCUGCAGAGCCCUGGCCUGGCACAGGAAGUGUCUGUAGUGUGACAAACCACUGGGUGCCCACUGCAGCUGACUGUGCCAAACAGCACUGCCAGCCUUUCAAACUGGCCCCUCACAUGGUCACAGGGCAGCUGGAGUGCAAAUGGUCACUGGACACUGUCCUGGAGCAACAAACCAGUUUGUUCCUCAGCUCUCUUCAUCCUCCUUUUAGUCCUGUCUAGGCAAAAUGUUUCAGGGUUUUCUGAACAUAGAGUCCUACAGGGCCUUUCUAAGUGGCAGUUAGAUGGGCUGAAUUCCCUGAAUUGAGACAGAAAAGGAAGUUGGCUCUUGGAGGAGAGCCAGGCUUUGUGAAAAGCAGAGGUGCCCUGGAUGCAGCAGUCACAAACAGGGCUGUCUGGAACAGUGAGAGUGUCGACAGCCAGAGUGGGCAUGUUUGGAAAGCUGCUUGUUUGGCAAGCAUGAAUCCUGACUCCCAACCCUGUGCUUUCCCAGGCAUGGCAAUAUUUAUCCCUGUUGCAUAAGGAGUGCCUGUCCCUGGCUCUGCCUGCCAGCUGCCACGGGGACAUUGGAGGUGACAGAACAGUGUCCUGUGAACUUCACACAGGGCAGCUUGAGCCUCCUGCUGUGGGCCCUGUGUCCUGCUGCCUGGAGUUUUCUGGGUGGGUUAUUUCCUAAUCAAACUCAACUGCAGAGCUCCAUCAGGUGGGUGUGAGUGGAGACACCUGCACGUUUUGUAACAUGGAAAGACAGUGCUGUGCUGGCUGCUGCUGCUGCCUGGGAGAUGCAGGCUGUUAUUUAAAUAUUAUUGAAAUUCAAGUGACUCACUUGACAGGCAGGGGAGUGAAGCACUGCCAGAACUCCCAAAUUCCAGGUCCUGCUUUGAGCAGCCUCUGCAUGCUAGGGAGGAAUGCUCACCUUCUGAGUCACUGCUCCACUUGGGCAUGUUGCAAAUGAC